UCAAGUAUUUAUUUGAUUUUGAAAGUCACUAAAGAUUUACAGCAACUAGUAAAUUAGUAAUACUCCUGAAACAUCUGUUCUGUUACAUUGAGAAUUUGAAACAAUUAAUAUUUGAUUAAGAGAUUUGAUAGUUAAGAUGGGUCCUACAUAUGUUCAUAGGAUAAACACAUCUCAAGAAAUUCUUUGGUGGUUUAAUCAUUGAAACACUCUUCUUCCUGGUUUUCCUCCUUGGUGAAUCAUUACAAAUUUACUUGGGAUUUUUAUAGGAAAAUGAAUGAUUCUUUAUUAUAUUAUCAACGCACCAACGUACGAACUAUAUCUUUCACCAUUCAUUUACACUAUAGCCAAACCCACAAGAUCCUUCAUCCUAAAAGAUCAUAUCUUCAUGAAGGUCUUCCACAAGUUCCGAAAGAUUUUCAUGAGGCUCAUCGACCUCACCAUCCCUUCCUCCUCUCGCCGGAAGAAGAACGGUUGUGAGGGAGAGAGGUCUGAGCCGCCAAAGAUAUCGUGCAGUAGUUCGUACUAUUCAUCUCACGUACCCUUCAGUGAAGCUAUCGCAGACUGCAUUGAGUUCUUCAACAAGUCUUCCACUAUGUCUUGUGAUGCGGGUCAAGAACUGGUCAUGUCAGUUGACGUUCGUGACUGUUUUUACGUUUAGUCACAUCUCUAAAACUCACAUGUAUCUUUU